UUGGUGAAGCCGAGUCCAGUACACCGCCUGCUGUCCUCCUGAUCAUGGCUUCUCCGAGUUCCUUCACCUACUGUUGCCCUCCACCCUCCGCCCCGGUCUGGUCAGAGCCGCUGUACAGUCUGAGGCCGGAGCACACGCGGGAGCGGUUGCAGGACGACUCGGUGGAAACAGUCACGUCCAUAGAACAGGCAAAAGUCGAAGAAAAGAUCCAAGAUGUCUUCAAUUCUUACAAGUUCAACCACCUUGUACCGAGGCUGCUUUUGCAGAGGGAGAAGCACUUCCAUUAUCUGAAAAGAGGCCUUCGACAGCUGACCGAUGCCUAUGAGUGUCUGGACGCCAGCCGCCCGUGGCUCUGCUACUGGAUCCUGCACAGCCUGGAGCUACUUGAUGAACCCAUCCCCCAGACGGUGGCUACUGACGUUUGCCAGUUCCUGGAGCUGUGCCAGAGCCCAGAAGGUGGCUUUGGAGGGGGCCCUGGCCAGUACCCCCACCUGGCCCCCACAUAUGCCGCGGUCAACGCACUAUGCAUCAUUGGUACCGAGGAGGCCUAUGACAUCAUUCACAGAGAGAAGCUGCUUCAGUAUCUGUACUCCCUGAAGCAGCCGGAUGGCUCUUUUCUCAUGCAUGUCGGAGGAGAGGUAGAUGUGAGGAGUGCUUACUGCGCUGCCUCGGUGGCGUCUCUGACCAACAUCAUCGCUCCAGACCUCUUUGAGGGCACUGCUGAAUGGAUAGCCAGGUGUCAGAAUUGGGAAGGCGGAAUUGGCGGCGUGCCCGGCAUGGAAGCUCAUGGCGGCUAUACUUUCUGUGGCCUGGCUGCCUUGGUAAUCCUCAAGAAGGAACGUUCCUUAAACCUGAAGGGCUUAUUACAAUGGGUGACGAGCCGGCAGAUGCGCUUUGAAGGUGGAUUUCAAGGCCGCUGCAACAAGCUGGUGGACGGCUGUUACUCCUUCUGGCAGGCGGGCCUUCUGCCCCUGCUCCAUCGAGCACUGCAUGCCCAAGGCGACCCGGCCCUCAGCAUGAGCCAGUGGAUGUUCCACCAGCAGGCCCUGCAAGAGUACAUCCUCAUGUGCUGCCAGUGUCCCACGGGGGGGCUGCUGGACAAGCCCGGCAAGUCACGUGACUUCUACCACACCUGCUACUGCCUGAGCGGCUUAUCCAUAGCCCAGCACUUUGGCAGUGGCGCCAUGCUACAUGACGUGGUCCUGGGUGUCCCCGAGAACGCUCUGCGGCCCACUCACCCAGUGUACAACGUCGGGCCUGAUAAGGUGAUCCAGGCCACCAUGCACUUUCUGCAGAAACCCGUCCCCGGCUUCAAGGAAGAGAGGGACGAAGCCACAGCAGAGCCGGCCACCAACUAGAGGACAAGGGUCCCCGGCUCUGUGCCAGCCACCACCCCAGCCAGACCAAGCUGAGGCUGUCAGCAGUAUCUAGUACAUUCUGUGCUGCACAAGCCUCAGCCACUCGGGAGCUGCAGCUCUCUGGUCCUUUCUCGUCAACAAAACCAAACCAUUGGCUCUGGGUGUGGAGAACACGGUGGCAUGGCUGCUUGAUUCUGCCUGUACCUGUCAAGCCAAAAAUCUCUCAGCUCCUGCGACACCCAACCCUGGCUCUGGCCUGGCCAGGCUCUAGUUGGGGACAAGUGUAUGUGGAGCGGCCCUUCCCACCAGCUCCCCAGCCCGGACAGUCUGCUGAGCUGUGAGCAUGACAGCAGCCAGGGCCACCGCUGCAGGUCCAGCCUGCAUGUCACCGUGAAGCUGCCUGGCCAGGUGCCCUCCCAGGGGCUGGAAAGAAGACUUCUCCAGAAAAACAAACAAACAAUGCUGGUGGGAUUCCCCAAGGAGGCACCCACCACCCUCUGCUUUUCUCCGUUACCAACUGGCCAAGAGGGACCUGCAUGAGCCGGAGCCCCCCUCCCGGGCCCCAGGACGAGCCCUGCCUCUGUCCAGGGCCACCAUGGUGCAUUGGCCAGAGUCGCUUCAGCCUAGCCCGGGGAACUAAUGAUGCGUGAAUGUCAGCUCUCCCUAUCAUGUGCUAGGAACCUCUCACGCCUCAAGGCCGCAGCGGCAGCCCGUGACCCUCCCGUCUGCCUCUAGCCUCCUCAGAGACAGUCAGCGUUUCUCACCCGAGUAGUAACACUACUAAGGCUUCCACCUUCAUUUCCAACUCAGGAUUUCUUCACGUCCUGCCCACCACUGGCUCACAGAAUCAAACCCAGCGGCUUAGCCGGCCGGCCGCUGCCAGGCCUGCUGGGACUGACUGCUGGUGGGAGCGAGAGCCACCACGGGGUGCGUUCACUCCCUGCAGUGCCUCUGCAGCCGCCCACGCUGCGCCCCCCUCGGCCAGUGGAGAGAGCGUCGAACUGGCCAACUGGUAGCUGCUGCGGUGACAGCGAGCGCCCCACCACCGACCUUCCUUCGUGUGAGCAGCCCUGGGCUCCAGGUGGCCGGAGCACAGAGAAGCAGCUUACCGGGCCCUCCUCAAAGACCCAGCCAGUCGCUGCCUCCAAUCCCCUCCUGCUUUGGCGUCUUGGGCUGUGUAUUACCUCCUUGAAAUAAUAAACGGACAACAUUUUCUAUGAUAGCUCUUGCUGUUCCUUCAGGAUGCCGGAUGCUGGAAGGUACUGAAGGUUCCUCCGUGGCUGCCAGUCUCCUGCAGGCUGACUUCAGGCCAGGCCUGUGCUGAUUACAGGAGCUCUGACCGCCUCUCACUCCAGUGGAGGUUGCAAACCACCUUCAAAAACCUAACUCACUGCUAGAGUCACCUGGGACCCAUGGCGACCCUAUAAGACUGAGUGGAACGGCCCCUGUGGGUUCCCGAGACUGUCGGAGUAGAAAGCCCAUCUUUCUCCCUCCCUCGGAGCGGCUAGGGCUUCGAACUCUAGACCUUGUUGGCAGCCCACCGCGUGACUCACUCUGUCACCAGGGUUCCUUGCAGUGGGAUGCCAGAGCCUGAAAAGGAGUGGGAAAGCGGGGUCCCCGGGUCUCACCCUCGCUCUCUCCUCUCGCUGCUUUUCAGGCCUUCUCUUUAGCACUGAUGCUUAAGCAAGUUGACCAUAACGUGUCUUCAUGGUACUUUUCUUCAUAUGUCUUUUGCUUGGGGUUUAUUGAGCUUUUUUGGAUCUGUGGGUUUAUUGUUUCCAAUAAAUAUGGGAAAUGGUGUUUGCCAGUUCAAAUAUCCUGUCCCAUCUCCUA